AUGUCUUCGUUGACAGGUUUACCCUUUGAGGUUCUGUCGUAUGUAAUCGAUUACCUUACUUUACAAGAUGUCUAUUGCCUCGGAAGGACAAAUAAAUAUUUCGGGUUCAUUUUCCAAGACGAAAGAAUCUGCAAGUCAAUCCUUCAGACCAAGUUGCGGUAUUCCACUGAAGCCCUUGCUGCGGUGAGCCUAGGCGGUGGCAAUGCUCGGAAUCUGAGGAGAGCGCUGAAGCGGCACGACGCUCUUGCCGCUGCUUCGCCGUUUAUCGUCGCCACCAUUGGUUUCUGUGAUGCUUACCUGUAUUGCAAAGGUGUUCUCUGCUACACGCUAGAUGACAGGAUCCGUGUCCUCAAUCUCCAUCAUUCUGGUCAGAGCGAACUUGUUAUCAGCAUACCGUCACUUCUCUCACACGCACUACCAGACAUUGGCGAGAACACCAACGGCUUUUUCCAGAUCCUCUACUACGCAGACUACAUUUUGUCUUGUACUUAUAGAUCCUCUGGCCCUGACUCAACUGCGUGGCUCAUAGCUUUCAACCUGAGGACCAGGCAAAUACUGGUUGCACACGAACUGGACUCAACAGACAAGAUAUUCGUGCGCCACAACAAGCAAUAUCUUUAUUAUGGCACACAUUCACAGGUUGGAACAGAUGGGUAUAAAAAGUGGGUCAUCUAUGGCUUUGAUAUCAAAGAGAGGACAUGGUUUGAACAGAAGGUGCAUCUUCCAGAUAUGGUAGGUUCUGAGAUUGGCUCAACAAUCUGUUUUGAAUUAUACGAUGGCUAUUUCUACGGCCUCUCCAAUCAAACUUCAUUCGAAGUCGAAGAAAUAGACUGGACGUCUUUCUACCAUUGUAUUCGCUUCCCUUUGAGCUCUCCUUGUACGGAAUUGUUGGAAAAGACCGAAAACAAGAGCAUGUGGAGAAGGCAGCAUCAAGAAGGGCCCAUCGAUGACCGUUGGACUAAUCUUCGCUUGGUCGGAGACGAGAGUUCAGGCGAGCUCAAGAUUGUUGAGGCGAGGAAAGAAUGGUACCUGGGAUCGAGCAAAAGUCAGCGAACUUAUUAUACAACGGAUCUCAUAUUCCCAAAGACGGCAAACGACGAGGAUGGAGAAGGCUCACCAAACGUCUCCUUCUCCGAUUCCACGCUUCAGCCUUUUGUCAUGCCUUCCUGGUUGCCUCCUGAUCCAACUCUCUCAGAAGAAUACAAUCUUUCAGCAGCCUCUACAGCAUCCUCUACCAGCACAGCUUCCAGCUCCUCGACAGGGUCGACAAGUAGCUCCGCUCCAACUUCGAUGGCUUCCGAAGACACCGAGAUACCGUUCUUCCCGGAUGAGCAACUCAGGAAACUAGUACACAAGGACGACCACCCGAACUACAUAGCCGCGCCCAACAGACGACCCGAGAAUACCCAUCCUGGAAACGACGGUUCUGCCCAACCAACGAUUACGCUAGCUAAGUGUCGAUUACGCACCUACAAUCCUUCAUGCAGCACGUUUCUGGAUCUGGUAGAUGAUCCACAUCCAGACGACUGGCAAGGCAAACAGAGGCUCAGAUUACGAGCAGGAACCCGAAAUCUCGGCCCGGUCCUUAGAGACUCAACCGGGCUUCUUCGAGAACCAUCGUCCGAUUUAUGCACUGCGCUUCACGAAAUGUACCAAGUUCCACCUAUCACGUUCUGGCCAGCCGCUCAAGAUCCCAACAACCCGGAUGAGCAACUCGAUGCAGUCUAUCAGCUGAUGAACCCUCCUUCGCACCUCGGUAAUGUUGAGGGUACUGCAGACGAGCGAAGCAUGGUCUAUGUCACUGGAAGUCACAACGGACCAAAGGCUUUGAUUUUCAUUUGCUUUGAUCCUUCAGUUCGGCUGGCAGGCUUGAAAAAAUGGGAUUAUUGGGGUACUUCUCAGUGGGGUAUGAAGGGUGUCGGUGAAGGCCCCCAUGUGGAUGGCAGAGCGGCAGGGGCAGAGCUCGACAACCACGGAACACGUUCCAGAAAGACGUAUAUAGACGUGGGGGAAGCGGAUAGGACGGUCAGUGUCGACAGGAAAGGCAAAGGAAGAGAAUGCCUCAAUACGACAUCGAUGGCGCAAGUUACCGCUGGCCGUGCAUCAGUCCAUGUUCAAAAGACCUCUGCGUCUCUCAUACGCACCAGAGCGGGGUCCGGGCGAGGCAAUUGGGCUUGGAAAGAACGAGCUAUGUAUCAGGAUAUCAAUAUGGGAUUUUACUUUGGGGUGGAUCAAAAAAAGAAGGCGUAG